CUCCAUCCGUUGGGGACAUUUGCAUUGAAGAGAGCAGAAAAGGAAUCGUUGCUGUGAGUGGAGAAUAAAGAGUGACUUCCACCUCGUCAUCACACAAGAGGGGGGGAGUUGUAAUGCAACUUAAGAGUCUUUAGGAACUAGUCUUCAACAAGGGAGAGGGGAAGCAGAAACAGGAGAGGGCUCAACUUAGGGGUUCGGGCUUUCACCUCACGAUACCCAAGAAAAAAAAAAACAGCAGUGAACGUUUUUAAUCCUUAUUUAGUCAAGUAGCGAUUAAGAGUUUAAACCUUUGUUUCAGCCCGUUUCGUUUCCAAGAAGACGCACAACACAUCUGCAGCGAUGGCGCCCUCUCUCCUCCAGGCCUACAGGAGGCGCUGGUGGAUGGCGGUGACGGCGGUGAUCGAAAACCUGCUGUGUUCGGCUGUGCUGCUGGGUUGGGCAUCUUUGCUCAUUAUGCUGAAGAGGGAGGGCUUUUAUUCCUACCUGUGUUCAGAGAAUGACUCCAUAGUGGCCAACUUGUCUGACAGUGGGAGGAAAGUGUGGCCCGACUGCGUGGACCAGGAGGAGAUGCUGAAUCUGGGCUUCACCAUUGGCUCCUUCUUGCUCAGCGCCACGACCCUGCCGCUCGGUAUCCUCAUGGACCGAUUCGGCCCGCGUCCAAUUCGGUUGACGGGCAGUUUAUGUUUCAGCCUGUCUUGUGUCAUCAUGGCUGCGUCCAGCUACAACCCAGAGGCUCUGUCAGCGCUCAUCUUCUUGGCUCUCUCCCUGAACGGCUUUGGAGGAAUCUGCUUGACCUUCACCUCUCUCACGCUUCCCAACAUGUUUGGCGCCCUGAGCUCCACCAUCAUGUCUCUGAUGAUCGGCUCCUACGCCUCCUCUGCUGUCACCUUCCCUGGAGUCAAGCUGAUCUACGACGCCGGCGUCUCCUUCGACGUGAUCAUGUGGAUGUGGGCCGGUCUCGCCGGGUUCGUCUUUUUGAACUGCUUCUUCAACUGGCCCACGGAAGGCUUCCCGACGCCCGACGAGGUGGACUACAGUAAGAUCCUCACGCAGCAAGCGCUGCCCUCGUCUGACGAGAAGGCUGUUGGAGAGAAGCUGAAAAACGGGGACAUCAGCCACUCCUCAGAGAAGCUUCCUAACGGUUCAGACGCUGCACCAGCCACUGUCCCUUUCCGCCGCUCCGUCUUCUCUCCCAUCUUCCUGUGGAGUCUGGUUACGAUGGGAAUGACCCAGCUGAGGAUCAUCUUCUUUAUGGGGGCGAUGAACAAAAUGCUGGAGUUCAUGGUCACAAAUGGUAACGAACACCCUUCUGAGGAGCUCAAGCUUGAGGCAAAGGAGAACGUGGAUUUCUACUCGGCCAUCUUUGGUACGCUGCAGCUGCUGUGUCUGCUCACAUGCCCCCUGAUUGGCUACAUCAUGGACUGGAAGAUGAAGGAGUGUAAAGAGGAGAAGACUGUCGCAUCAGGCAUAGAGCAGAGCGUGACAAGCGCAUCCAAAAGAGACCGGAAGAUCCAGAAGGUGACCAACGCCAUGAGGGCCUUCAUCCUCACCAACUUUCUGCUGCUCAUGUUUGGAUGCUGCAACCUCAUAAACAAUCUGCCUGUACAGAUCUUGACCUUCAUCCUCCACACCAUGGUCCGAGGCUUCAUCCACUCCUGCUGUGGGGGCCUUUACGCUGCUGUCUACCCGUCCAACCACUUUGGCACGCUGACAGGCCUCCAGUCCAUGAUCAGCGCCGUGGUCGCUCUGCUGCAGCAGCCGCUCUUCAUCGCCAUGGUCGGACCACUCAAGGGAGACCCCUACUGGAUCAACCUCGGCCUGCUGAUCUUCUCCUUGGCUGGCUUCUUGUUGCCAGGUUACCUGUUCUACCACUGCAGGUGUCUGCAGAGUCAAAAGGACGCCAGAGACAAGAGCCGGGAGAUGCAGGCGCUCAACCACACCGAGACCAACGGACACAAACCUCACACCAACGGCUUCUCUGCCGUGGAACCUUAGACGACACCGGGGCUGUAGGACGUAUUUUUGUACGCGCCUUCACAAACAAGCGCCAGCGAUCCACUCUUCCAGUCAUAUUUUAUUUUCAUUUUUUCUUUUUUGUUCAGUUGUUCAACUUUGGACCUUGCUGGUGCCACUUUUGCUCACCACAAACCACGUCAGAGUGUAAUUUCAAGAGGAGAUGUGUCAUCAGCGUUUGUUGCUGUUUAUUUAUUUUGGUUAAAGUCUGAAAGCCAAAUUAGUGCGAUUUAAAAGCCAUAGAUUUCACGGACAAUGUACUUGAAAUACCGUUAUGCUAAGAUACACAUCACAACCCUUGCUAACACCAAAGAACCGCUUGAAGAUACUAGGAAAGCAGUGUUGUGUUAUCAGUGUGAUGAUGAGGCAAACUAUUAGUUGAUUCAUUGUGCUACUUCUACUGUACUUCCCCAGUAAAAGCUCGAAAUACAUACAACACUAUUACAGACAUUCAAGCUAUCAAACACAAUCUGUCGAGAGGACUUCUGGUACGUAUGAAGGGUUACACAAACACACACACAUGUACAUACAUACAAGCACAGAUUUAGGCUGGUUGUAGAGGCACCACAACUACCUCCUGUUAACUUUUUUUUUUUUGUACUGUCUCUCUACAACUGAUUCAUGUCUCCAUGUUUUUUUUUUCACAUGAGGAAAUAUGCACGUUCUCAGUCUUCCGAGGUGGAGUUCAUUUGGCCCUUACAUUUCUGGAAUUUUUACAUGAACAGAAAAAAAGGUUUUAAAAAAAAAACUACACAAAGAAAACCAACGUGACUGAUUUUAAUUCGAACACACAGCGUGUGUCGGCGUCAUGGAACACUUUGUACUGCUUUAUGCACAGAAAUGACCUAGUGUGUGUAUAAAAUAUGUAUUUAAGUGUAUUUUUUUGAUACUCUAGUUGCAUAAAAAAGGGACGCGUUACCAUGUAGUGGGGCUUAUUAUUAAUGAAGCUCAGGUGAUUUUAUUGUGUAUUCUGCUUCUUCCUUUUGUCGUGUAUUGAUCUGCUUCAUAGAUUUUUUUUGUUUGUUUGUAAAUAGAACCAAGGCAUGGCUUGUAUUUUAUUAAAUAUUCUUGCUUUACUAUGUAUGGAUCUGUACAGUGUAUCACAGUUUAUUAAAUGAGGGCGAAGUGACAGCAACAGAUAUAUUUUUUUCAUGUUUGUCCUGUGAACAGCGUCAUGGAAACUUGUGAAUUUCAUUGUAUGUUUUUAGUGUUUUUUUUUUUUUUUUCCACUGUAUCAUCGUCUGUGCCGUCACAGGUUUUAGUAAAUUGAUCUGAUCUCUCUCUUUCCUUAUCUAGUUUUCUUCAUAUAUGAAACAUGUUCUUGACUCUUUGCACUCUCCCACUGAAGGCGAUUCAGUGUUUCACAUGUGCCAUGUGCCUUUACUGCCACGUUGAUUUUUAUCGCAUUAGAAGCGAAUACAAGAUGUACGCCUCUGCUGAACGACUUUUCUCCGUAAACCAAAGCCGCGGUGCAGCACUUUCCCUCCUCAGGAGAGCAAACAGGAAUAAAAGAGCAGCAAGGUUUUAAAACACUAUGCAUUGACCCUGCAGUGAAACGUCACGUCUGUUUUUGACCGUCAUGGCUGUUGAUUCGGCUUCGACUGGUAUUUUAAGUGCAUUUCAGUCGGUGGCAAGUUUAUCAUACCCACUGUUUUAAAUGGUUUCUUUUAAAGCUGACAAAUGGUUUAAAGCUAUUGGAGUGCUGUUACUUUUGUAGUUGGGAUUCACAUAAGUUGUUGGCUGAAAUUAGUGUAUUAAGUUCAUUUAAGAACUGGGGACGGUUUCUACAACGUGGAACUUUAUUUGUUUCAUCAGUGUUUUAUGUCUGUGUCACCUACAGGGGCUUGUUCAGUCGUAUUUUCAUCUUCUGGGGCUAAAGUGUGUUGGUAUGCAGUGCUAAAUGUACAUCUUUUUUUUUUUUUUUCCUGUUCUCAAUCAAUAUAUGUGUGCGUUUGAUGAACAAAUAAAUCUAUGAAUUGAAAUGUA